AUGUCUCCCCGGCUGAUGGGGCUGCCCACGCAGCUGGCACAAUUCUCUGCCCGCCCCUUUCAACAUGUCUCCCCACUCGCCUUCCUCUUCCCCCAAUCCCAGCAAACCCGCAGCGCUUCCAUCCUAGCUUCCCUCUCCGACAACCCUACUGCCUACAACAAGCGCAUCCGUCGAGGCCGCGGUCCCGCUUCAGGCAAGGGUAAGACCUCCGGUCGCGGUCACAAGGGUCAAGGCCAGCACGGCAAAGUCCCAGCGGGCUUCAAUGGUGGCCAGACAAAGGACAUCAUCGUGCACGGCGAGCGCGGCGGCGUCAACAUCUUCUCCGUCGACAUGGCAACCGUCAACCUCGACCGUCUCCAAUACUGGAUCGACCAAGGCCGCAUCAACCCCAAACGCCCGAUCACAAUGAAAGAGCUCUACAAGAGCGGGUGCAUCGGCCGACCCAUCGACGGCCUCAAGAUCCUCGGCGACGGCGCCGAAGCCCUGAAACAACCAAUCCACGUCGUUGCCUCGCGCGUCUCCGCCUCCGCCAUCACCGCUAUCGAAAGCGCCGGCGGCUCAGUGACUACCCGCUACUACACACGGCCGUCCAUCCGUCGUAUCCUGGACGGCGAGACUCACAGUUUCUUGUCUGCUGCGUGGGCGCGCGAGAGUGGCUCUGAGCAGCUCUACAAACUCGCCAAUGUUCGGCCUACGGCGGCCUGGAUGAAGUGGAAUACUGUGGUCAACAAGCAGCAAUUGAAGUACCGCUUGCCGGAUCCGACGAAGCGUAAAGAUAUUGAAUAUUACCGUGAUCCUGCGCAUCGAGGUUAUCUUUCGCACCUGCUUAAGCCGCUUGAGGGACCUAGUUUGUUCUUCCGCUCUUCCGAGGAGAGAAAGUCUGCUGCUGGUGUUAAGAAGGAGAAGGUUCUGCCUGAGAAUAGGCUUUGGUAA